UUUCUCAAAUUAAAAAAAAAAAAAAGUUGUAAAUAAAGAGGAAAAUAAGGCGGGGAAAAGGAUCACGAUUCACAAAAUUAGUGGAAAAAUCAUAAGUGCUUCGUCUACUCCAUCGGAGAUCUGGUGUUCUGAAUUCGACAAAUUGAGUAUUGAGAUUUCUGGGUGAUUUCGUCUAAAUUGGUUAGGCUAUAUAAAUUUCAGGACGAAACGAGCGGAGACAAUCACAGGAUCAUUGUUUAUUCUUUGGUCAUGAGUUUAGAGGGGGUUUAGAUUUAGAUCAGUGUUUUUUUUUUUUUUUUGUUUCUAUUAUUAACCUUUAAAAUUCAGGAGCAUAUGGGAAAGAGAAACACGUUCUGGGCUAGAAAUUCGAAUACAAGGGUUAGAUCUAAGGAUAAGGGUUCUGAUGAAUCAGAUGAGGAUUAUGUGAUUUCGGAAGAGGAUGAAGAAGAAUCUGAGGCUGACCUCAAGGAGGAGUAUGCCUCAUCUCUAGACGGUGAACCAUCCUUUGAUGGUUUUGGUGGGUCUGAUGCCCUGGAGGAUGAGGAAUUUGAUGAGCUGGAAGAGGAAGAUGUGAUGCUGAGGAAUGUUGAGUGGCCAAAAGUCAAAACUGGUCCUCGCGGGAAUCGGAAAAUCACUGGAUGUAAGUCCAGAAACACCAACCAGGUUCUAUCUGACAAUGAAGAUGUAGAUCUCGACGAUGCAGAUGAUGACGAGGAGGACAUCAGGAAUUCUAUGCAGGCUGUUGGAAAAGUUGGGUCUUUGGAUGGAGAGAAACACCAACGAAUAGGUUUAGGAAAGCGAAGGAGAGUUUUCUAUGAGAUUGAGGAUGAAGAUGGAGACUAUCCAGAGGAGGAUGGCGAGGAAGACGAAGAGAGGGAUGUGCAAAAUGUCAGGUGUGAAAAUGUGGAUUUAAAUUCUUUGCAUGAUGCUGAAGAUGGAAAGAUGGCAUUGGAAGAGCAGGACAAUGUGUCACACGAGACAGAAAAGGAAGAUGAUGGAGAUUAUGAGGAUGAGGAUGGCGAUGAAGAUUUUACAGAUGAAGAUGUAUCAUUAGACGAGGAAGAGGAGGAAGAAACAAUUGCAUGUAACAAAACCUCACUCAAGGUUGGUAAGAAAUACAAGCAAAAGCGAAGAUCUGGAUUAGGGCGUAAAAGAAGAAAGAAAUGCUCUGUUGCUAAAGCCCCUUUAACAAGGGGAAGAAAGAGACGUGGGAAAAACACAAAGAAAGGAGUUGAUGAAGAUGAAGAUGAUGGUGAUGGUGAUUUUGUAGAUGACUCUCUACCUGCAAGAAAAAAGGCAAGGACAAAAUCAUCAAGGUCAAGGCGUCGCUCUACCGUGCCAUCAGAUUCAGACAUUGCAUCCUCUGGAGAAUCUGAUUAUGAGUACACAAUCUCGGAGGAGGAAAGAGAGCAGAUAAGAGAGGCCGGUAGUUUGUUGAGAAGUAGUGUGAAGCAUGCAUCAUCUAUAAGACAAACCACAGUCAAGAAGGAUUUACCUCAGCUUCGUAAGUCUCCUGUGAAGAAAGGUGAAAAGAAAGUAGAGCUUGUUAAAAGAGAUGUGAUAAAAAACGUUUGUGGGAUUUGUCUGUCUGAGGAAGACAUGCGAAGAUUGAAGGGAACAUUGGACUGCUGUAGCCACUACUUUUGCUUCACUUGCAUAAUGGAGUGGUCGAAAGUAGAAUCUCGCUGCCCACUCUGCAAACAGCGGUUCAGAACAAUCAGUAAGCCUGCAAGAUCUACACCUGGAGUAGAUUUGAGAGAAGUUGUGAUACCUGUACCUGAACGUGAUCAGGUCUAUCAACCUACUGAAGAAGAGUUGAGGAGUUAUCUCGAUCCCUAUGAAAAUAUAAUAUGCACGGAAUGUCACCAAGGUGAUGAUGAUGGGCUUAUGUUGCUUUGUGAUCUUUGUGAUUCAUCUGCCCAUACCUACUGUGUUGGUCUUGGGAGGGAAGUACCUGAAGGAAACUGGUACUGUGAAGGUUGUAGACCUGUUGCACUUGGAUCAGCUAGUUCCCAAACGCAUAUUACAUCCGAGCAACAAAGGGUUAGUGGCUUUUACAGUAGACCGUCACCUCCUGUAGUUUCAGGGCAAUAUCAAGAUAUGUCUUUGCUAGUCACUCCACGGACACCAUUUUUCAAUGGAGAAAACUUAUUUUCUCCCAGGCUUCCCAAUGGUGAUGUUCAUGGUUCUUCUCCAUCCGGCUUAGGGGCAACCACAUUAUCAAGAAGAAGAACGCUUCACAGACACAUACAAAAUAUUAUCAACAGUGAUAGACUUAUUAAUAUGGGUGCUAGAACUGGUGGAACAUCGAUUGCUAACUCGAGUGAUGGUUUCAUGACUACACAAAUAGGUCAUAGCCAAACAAUUGACCUGUCUCAGCCUGCAGUGAGCCAAGAAACAGGGGCGUCAUUGUAUACAAUAUCUGAGGAAAGACUACCCAACAACAAUUCAUUGAUUUCUGCCCAUGACCCUGAGCUUUUGUCUCCAAAGUUAGAUGAAUUUGGAAGCCAAGGAGUAUUCAGACGUUUGUCUAAUGAUACAUUUCUUGGCGAGCGACCUAUCGAUUUAGGAUUCGAUCAUGGACUGGCUCAGGGUGAUCCCUUGUUUAGUAAUCAACAACAUCUACACAGCUACAUGCCAAAUACAAUGUCUUCCAUGGGAGGAGAACGACUGCAACAAAGAGUUAAAGCCCAUCUCAAAAACUUGUCCAGUAAAAUCGACUUAGGUCAAACUACGUUCGACGAGAUUUCCACGUGCUCAAUACACACGAUACUGGCAGCUUGUGAACUUGAACACAAGAGCAGUGAAGUCCAUCUCGUCCCGCCACCAGUGACGUGUACUCACCAUCAUAUGACACCUGGCAGCAGCAGCAGGAGUAGUAACAGCAGUAGCCUGAUGAAAGGGUGUUGCUAUUCUUGUUUUGAUUCAUUUGUAGAAGAUGUAGUUAAGAUGAUUCUAGACACAAGACAACCCCAUUGGUUGAGUCUAGGGCUCCAUUAAACCACUUGCUUCAAUUGUUUAGAUUGUUAGGAAAUUAAAUUUCUUUUUUUCUUGUCUUUUUUCCUGAACUUGUUUAGCAUUGUAUAUGAUACAGGUGAGAUUAUUUUCAUUGAAAAAAAAGAAUUAACUUUUUUUAUGUUACA